CACACACACAACGACUGGAGCCUCUCAGACCACCACUGAAAGGAGCGGACGAAGGUGACAGUGGAAGUACACUGAGUGCUGCUGAGACCAGAUAACCAAUAAGGAGACAAACCGGCUUCAGGGGAUAGAAAGAAGCAGAGGAUGUCCAGAGCUGACUGGAGCUUUCUGGAGCAACUGCUGGAGGAGGGCCAGGAGUAUUCGACAGGCAUUGGUCGUAUCUGGCUUACCGUACUCUUCUUGUUUCGCGUGCUGGUACUUGGAACAGCUGCCGAAUCUGCCUGGGAUGAUGAGCAAGCUCUCUUCAUCUGCAACACAGGACAACCUGGCUGUACUGCAGUAUGCUAUGACAAAGCUUUUCCCAUCUCCCACUUCCGCUACUUUGUCCUUCAAAUUAUAUUGGUCUCCACGCCAACCAUCUUCUACUUUGGAUAUGUGGCUAUAAGGGCUAGGGACCUCAAAAAUAAAGAGGAGGAAAAUGAUAAGAAGAAAGCAGAAGAAGGGAGUGGCAGAAAUGACAGAGGAGAAAUUGUUACAGAAAGUAAUAACAAUGCAAAAAAAGACAUUGCAGAAGAAAAGGUGAAAGAGGAGAAUGUUGGGAAAGGUAGAAGAGCUGACAAAAGUCCUCCUGAGGCUCCUAAACUGAAAGGCAGACUUCUGUGUGCAUAUACAUUCAGUAUACUGCUCAAAAUCUUCAUAGAAGUGGGCUUCAUAGUGGGGCUGUGGUUGCUUUAUGGCUUCUUCAUUCCAGCAAAAUUUGAGUGCACAAGGAGCCCAUGUCCCCAUACAGUGGACUGCUUUGUCUCUCGACCCACAGAGAAGACCAUCUUCACCAUCUACACUCAGGUGAUUGCUGUGAUCUCCCUGCUCCUCAACUUCAUUGAGCUCCUCCACCUCCUUCAGCGUGCCAUCACCCAUCGGCUUGAAAAACGCUACCACGCCCAGCAGGAGGACUACGGACAUUGGUCAAGACAGGUACCAGCCUUACAAGAGAGUCCACAUCUCCAAGCAGAGGCGCCACAAUCUUACAUAGCAGAGGGCCAUGGUUACCUUCCCGUGCCGACUGAGGCUUCAGGCUACCCCAACCCUUGUGAGAGCUACAGGGAUCUGGCGAUAGAGGUGAAUUGGAGUUCUGCAGAGGCUGGAAAUGACAUACUCCCCAGUUACACGAACUGCAUGGGGGCUAUGAGGACAAUACAUUCCCCUAGAGUUCAUUAUAAGAAACAUCCACACCACACUGGGAAAAACACUAAGAGUACUCAUAAGGGACACCCAAAUCAGAAGCAUUAUGUAUGAAGACAUUAGAUGGGGUGAUAUGUUGACAUUAGAUGGGGUGAUAUGUUGAUUAUGAUUAUGAACGCUUUGUUUGGUUUUUAGAGCCUUUGAGUUUUUUUCAUAAAUGCCACCCAACACAUGAGUAUAAGGGGUGCACUGUGAGAGCUCAAUGAGGGAGAAAUGAAGAAGAACAACUAUCGCACUGUGAACUCAAUGACUCAGAGGCAGGCAGACAUUCAAACAAAGAUUUACCAGAUAAAUGGACCUAUUCAAAACAGAACAUUUUGAGAACACUCCCCAAGGCAAAGAAAAUGAGACUCCACAAUGAGAAAAGAUUACAGUCAUAAGGUGCUUUCAUGUUACAUUUAAUGGCUUUUAGUGCCGAUGUUACAGCGGAAAAAGCACUGCAAGGGGAGUCUGCAGAGGGCAUGUUGUGGGAGCGUGUAUGUGAGGGUUCGCAGGAGAUCUAGAUUUAAACAAUUUCCCUUGAGAUUUCCUCUAUAACCCCUAGACUUCCAAAACUCUCUCCUCUCCCAGUGGCUCUGUCCACAUUGUGGAAUGUACUGGUCUCUGGAUCCCGUUCAGCUCCCAAGAGGAUAAUGACUGUGUGGAUGCAUGCAUGCAUACACACAUUGUAUUUUUUCCCCUUUCACCCAGUGAGUUUUGGUCACUUGAGUUGGGUUAUGGACUGAGAAGGCGGGGGUAAAGGGAAAGGGAGCCAAACCAUUGGGAAUUAUGGGACUGUAAAUGACUUGUCUUCACCAGUAACCAUAAUAUUCAGCUACAGGGAGAGAAAAGGAGAGAGAGGACCACUGUGUUAUGAAUGAUGAAAAAUAGAGCAAAGAAAAAUUAACACUUCUGGGGAACUCAAGAAAGGAAUGGAAAAGAUGCACACUGAAUGGACUGAAAGCGGUACAGAGUGUGCAAAUUCUAGUGACUAAUUAUGUGAAAUCUGUAUUUAAUGUUAGAGAUAUACAUGAAGAGAUAUCAUUGUUCAUAUUUAUUAUUUUGAAGAAAAUAAAGUUUUAACUGUCAU